AUGUCGUCCUGGUUUGAUCGGAUAAUCUGGAAGAACUAUGUGGUGCGGCUGAAUUGCCGAACGAAAGGCGACAUGUGUAUCUCUAUUCCGCACGCGGUGCUGCACCUGCGCAGCAUUACCACGGAACACCUUUGGGACGUUUUUGAGAGGCAUGUGCUGGACGAUGAGCCGCUGGACGUGGAGCGUACCGUCCAGUGGACGACGCAGCAGAUUCAGUCAAAGUCUCGCCAGAACUGUCUUCUAAUCAUGCAGAUUCUAAUGACACACCAGGUCGGCGAUCCGCGCCCUUCCAUGGAUCUUUCCGCGUGGAAUCAGGAGCUAGAAACUCUGGACCGUGUGGAUAUUCGGAAAUUAAACCGAAUCACUUUAACUGCUCUGUCCGGAUGUGUGACGGAGCCUGAUGACGCGUCGUUAUCGCCCAGCGAGAACUCAGAGCCUCUGACGAAGAAGAAAAAAACGACAUGA